AUGAAACUUUUUGCUUCCACAAUCUUUGCAGUCGCCCUUGGUCAGUACGACUACUCUGAAGGAUACGACUACUAUGACGAGUCAAAUUCCAUCGACUUUGCCGACUACGGAUUAGAUGAAAACGACAUCUUUUCCACCGAAGAUCUCGAUCUUCUCAAUGACUACUCUGCCACUGACGGAGCUGAUCUCAUCGGUGGCCGAUCGCUCGGCGGUGUCGGUGCCGAAGGUAGACUGAAGAAACUUCCUCCAGGAAUCAAGGUCUCCGAUUACUUUGUCAACGGGGUUUUCCAAACUGCUGCUUUCCGACAGGCCCUUCGAGCAGCCAUUGCCGCUCAAAAUGCCGCCAAGACAACAACUACUUCCACAACUUCCACCACAACGACCACGACAACAACCACAACAACAACUACAACAACAACUACCGAACCACCAACUACAACAGAGAUGCCUACAGAGCCACCAAUGGACGAUCUCUUCUUUGGUCCCUCUGAAGACGAAUCUCGACGACCACUUCAAAACCUCGCCGUCGCUGCUGCAUCUGCUGCCAAUGAUCAAACCAGAGGGUUUCUCUCCGGAGGAAACGACUACAACAAAUGCAAAGUAUGCGAUGGCGUUGAUUACGCAACUUGCAGAUCCUCCACAACAAUUGCCACUUGUGAUGAUACUUCUAACAGCGGCAUUGACGAUCUCAUGGUCUGCCAAAUGCGAUGGGAGAAAGAAAUCGGCGGCAGCUUGAAAUUCUGGUCAGGCUGCGCUUUAAAAUCUGCCUGCCAAGCUCAAGAAAAGCAGAACUUCGUCGGAUCAGUCAAGCUCCGACAUCAAUGUGCUUCAACAACAACUCUUGAAAGCGCUGUACGAGGAAGAUUCAGUAGAUCAAUCAAAUGCAGCUUCUGCCACAAGAUGGGAUAUGACAACUCCGCUACCAUCUACGGUCAAGAAACGACAACAAAAGCCGAAUCGCUCUUCACCGGACAGGAAUCUUCCAGUGACAACAUGGAAACCCGGCUCGCAGCUUGGGCAGCCGAGCAAGCCAAUGCUCCCUGGUACACAACUGAAGUUGCCAGCAUCUUCUAA